UCUCCAGGGAAUCCUGCUCCGGUGCUCCAUGGGGAAGAGGGUGGCUGUGGUGCUGGCUGGCUGUGGGGUCUACGAUGGGAGCGAGAUCCACGAGGCUUCGGCUGUGCUGGUGCAUCUCAGCAGGGAGGGGGCUCAGGCAGAGGUUUUUGCUCCCAACAUCUCCCAGAUGCACGUGGUGGACCACGUGAAGGGGCAGCCGACGCCGGAGCAGCGCAACGUGCUGGUGGAAAGUGCCAGGAUAGCCAGAGGGAACAUCAAGGAUCUGGCUCAGCUGGAUGUCAAGGGGCUGGAUGCCCUGAUCAUUCCAGGUGGCUUUGGAGUGGCCAAAAACCUGAGCACUUGGGCCACCCAAGGCAAGAACUGCAGCGUCUGCAGGGAGGUGGAGGACGUGCUGAGGGCCUUCCACGCUGCCCACAAGCCCAUCGGGCUGUGCUGCAUCUCCCCAGUGCUGGCAGCCAAACUCUUCCCGGGCUGCGAGGUGACAGUGGGACACGACACCGAGUGUGAGAAGUGGCCCUACGCCAAGACGGCCGAGUCCCUGCGGGAGCUGGGCUGCAAACACGUCAACAGCCACGUCAGCGAGAUCCACGUGGACCCCAGGAACAGGCUGGUGACCACCAGCGCCUUCAUGUGCAACGCCCCCAUCCACGAGAUCCAUGAUGGCAUCGGGAACAUGGUCAAGGAAGUGGUCAGGCUUGCCUGAAGGCCACGAGGUCCAGCUCCUUCCCCUCUGACACCCACGUGU